AUGGCUUUGCUUGCACCUUUGACAGUAACGCUGCUAGAUCAUCACGGCGGGUCAUUCCCGCUCUGCCUUGCGCCGCCUGAGUACCUGUUGCGUACUGAAGACCCGCGAACAGGAGAGGCUCGCUGUGUCCCAGCAAUCGAACGGGGCUCCCCGCAUCAAUCGGUACCCGUGAUUCUCGGCCUCGUUUUCUUACGGACCUACACAACAAUAUUCGACUUGGACGAGCACCGCAUUGGCUUUGCCAGAGGAAGAAUCACGCCACAGGAUGCACCAGCUGCGAGUACUUAGACAAGGACAAUCUUUUUAACGAAAGCCUUUUUUUGCUGAUCUACAUUUACAGUAUACACUACUUACUACCUGAGGACAUCUAUUAACAUUGAAACUCCGACUCUGAUCCUGCUCUUUUUUACAUGAUGUGAUGAUGAAGUUGAUGUGCAAUGCCUGUGUCAUUUGGCAGAGUUGUCAUUAAUACAACAAGAGAGACGAACCCGGUCAGGACAUUGAUCUCGAUGUUUUUCUUCAGGUCGUGAGGAGCUAGAACGGGACGUUUUUCGUGCCUGGUGUCCGCGGUGGGGCGAGGUUGUUGCCGAAGCUAAGGGAAACACUGGCUUUUUUGCGAGUCACGGCUGGUCUUGGUUAGGGCUCGAGAUGCGCAUUGCGGGCCUCUGCUCUAUGCCGCUCUUUUGGGCCUGUCUCGGUGUUGCAGCCGGUGCCGCGCUUUUUCAGCUAGUGGUAAUGCGAAUACCAACGGUUCGUCGUGUUUUGCUUGGCCCAGACGAGUUGCUUGAUAGGACGACACAGCCUGACGAAGCGAAUAUGUAUGUUGAGUGACCUUUUGUUGUCCUGAGCUUCGUAGCACGAGUUAGCAUCAACAUCAUGGAUGGUAUUUUUGGUAUAAACAUAUUAUGUACAACUACUUGCAUUGUCUUUUUCACGUACUCACCUACUGCUUCGGCGUCGUGUAUCAUAGGGAAUUUUUAUUAGCCGACAUGAUAGCAAUCUUAGCCAUUGCUAUACGCACAUUAGAGCAAAACAUGACGUCACAGAGGAUAGUGCAUCCAGAAUGACUGUAGGGCUGCAACGUGACACUGCUGCGAUUAUGGCGCUCACUGAUUGUGUGGCUAUGCCUCAGUCUUGUUCUCGUGUUGAGCGGCGAAGGAGGGCACAGAGUGACUCCGCUGCGUAUUAGUUUUGCCUCAGACAAGAGGAAUGAUGAGCGGAUGAUCGUCCGUUUGGGCUCUUUGUUCCUACUAGUUGCUUCUUCCCAGUUAAAGUCUGUUCAUGAUCAUGAAGUUAGCAGUUUAUCUCUACCACUAGUUUCUAUUUCUAAUUCUAGGAGAGUUAUUUGCUACUAGCAGGUGCUUGGUGGUCUUCGGGGUGGCAGUCAGGAGUCUGUGAAGUUUGCAAGCACCAGUAGCAGUUAGCAGGUUGUUGCUCAGUUCCUGUUCACUGCCAGGCACGACCCUAUUAUUUAUACUAUAGUUAAGAGCUGUUUACUGCUGCUGGUGGUUUGCAAAUUGUUGCUAGGCGUAGCAGCGGGGACCCGUUUACUGGAAGCCAGCAGUUUGCCGGCAGUUAGUACUGCAAAAGUUUGGGAUUGUCCGAGUCAAACUCAGUCAUGAGGUACUCUACAACCACGCUGGAACUUAGUAGAAGCAAGAACUCGUAGAAGGCCGUUGUAGAUGAAGGUAAAAGACGUUAGAACUCACUAAAAGAUAAAAAGUGGUACUUCUAGAAGUGGAGGCUUUGCAGAUUUUAGAAGUCAGUAGACCCUAUCAGAAGAUAGUAGAUGCUAGAAGUUGAUAGAAGCUAGAUGAAGUGGGCAGAACAAUUAAAUAGGAAUCACUGCAGCAUGGAUUUGGACGGAAUUUGAGGUCUGCACCAUACCAAAUAUUUUGGCUUCGCCAGGAAAUGAAUUAGAAAAAGAUGAGAUAAAAUGAAAAACUCUUGGCUAUCAAGUUGAAAACUCAAUUUCAAAUUCAAAACUUUACUUAGAUUUGGCCACAAUUUGAGGCGUCCAGCAUAUAAAAAUAACUCAGCAAACGCAAAGAAGCCUCAACGCGCCUUCCGCAAAAGGCGCACUCGCAGUUUCAAAAAAACGAUGAGUAGAAAUCAAUAAAAGACAAUCUAUCUUCUUCAUCUUCACUGAUCUGUUCCCUACUUCACAGAGGCUGUAUGAGGCUGAGAGCGAAAGAGUGGAAAAUCCGAGAAACUAAAAGUGAGAUAAUUGUUUUUUUGUUAGUUGGGAAAAUAAAGCAGCUAACUUUUGCAAAGAAAGUCGAAAUGAGUGCACUUGUUUGAGUGUAUUUCAAAAUCGAUUUUUGACUGAGAAGAUAUAUGUGUGUCAUUUUUACCAAGAAAAAGGACCUACUCACCUGAUGAAAAACAAAGAACAGGAAGUGCAAAACACAUUCGGGAUGGCUUUGAUAUCAAAAAAUAGACUCGGCCUGUGUAGUGAAUGCCGCCAAAGGCAGGUAGGAUAGAAAAUAGUGAAUAAACAGAGAAAACAAAUAGCAUGUCCUGACAGUGACACAAUCCGAAUGACCACUUUUGUGGCCUCAUGAUAUGCCGCUCGUGUGACGUAAAAUCUCGACGCCGUCCGCGUCGUUGAGGCUGGAGAUUAGACCGAUCGUUGGGUAGAGCAGUACGUAGCCUGCACACUACAAUCCUUGGCAAAAUGAUUGUAAGGACACAAUCAGUGCAGCAGGGAGUGUAAGUUGACCGCUUGCCGGCGUCAGUGUGAGGAACACUCGAGCUCUCCGUUUCCUCAUCAGUACAACCGAAGUACCAAAGCAGAAAGUUAGAGUGGUCUUUCUUGGACGAGCGGGUGCCGAAUGUAAACGAGGGCGUCGCGUUCUUCAGCACUUACUGUGGUGCUCGUGCUCAAUUUCAAGAACAGAUAAUCUGUUAGGAGACAGAACGAGGGACUCCAGAAGCGACUUCUACAACAACACUCUCUACUAGAACGCAAGAAAAGUGAAGAGGCUUCGCAUCCAGUUGUACGACUAGAAGAACAUCUGAAGAAAUUUUAAUACCUCAAUUAGACUAGAAGAUACGUCUUCUCUUGAACCUCUAGCAGCAAGACCAAGAGUUGCAAGAUGGGGAAGCAAGACGCUGGUGGUGGCAAUGGCGUGGCGAAUAAGGAGAACAGGGAUCCGGGUGUGGCGCAGGUUGGAGGAAGCAAAGCCAAUACCGGUUUCGAGUUGCUAUUCGGGGAGAUCUUUGUGGAAAUAAGUAGUGGAGAUUUGGGCUUGCAGGUGAAAGAUUAAGGCUCUCAAAAUAGAUGAUUCAUUUACAUUUUUAUCACGCGAUUAAUAUUUGGUUCUUCUUCAUUGAUUAUAGGUCUGCUUUAGCAGGUUUAGGCUAGCGCUCAAGGCCGAUAGAACUUAAAGAUAUGCUCGUGCAUAUAUUUUUUGAGCUUUGCUCCUUUUCUACGCAUUAGGUAAGGCGUUCCUGUCUCGUUCUACUUGAUAGAUUAUAGGAUAAUAGGUUUCUUCUUGUACUUACUUCUCUGAAGGCCUACAACAUGAUUACUGGUUCUUCUUCAUUAAGGUCCGCGAUUGGUUCCUCUUUAUUACGGUCAGACUCCUGUCUCUCAAGUAGAAUUUGAUAAAGGGAUUUAACCUCUGCUAAAUAUGGGACCUACGACGUGGGAAGUGAUUUCAUCAGAGACCACACCUCUAAGACGAUGGGCCAUUGUUGCGGUGUCACACACCAGCGUUGGCGAGAAUCCCUGGAUUUCUAUCACAACUACGGUCGAAGUUGAAGCCACUGCCUUUGCAUAUCGAGAAAGCACCAAGAAAUACCUUAACAUGGCUCAGAAAAAAAGGCCUAAGGAGGAUAGCAGGUACUUACUCCAACAUACAAUAAAUUUGGUGUCUAAUAAUUGUACCACGUCAAGGUAUUGUUGAAAGAAUCUGUGUGAUUAGAAACACGCUGCUAUUUUUCGUUGUAACCUGGUAUACAUUGUUGAGUACCUCAGCAAUUCAAGAAAACAACAGAGCAAAUCCAAUUUGCGAGUUUUGCGGAAGAUAGGUAUACAAGGGGAACAGACGUAGUGGAACGAGGUGGCUGGACGACCUGCGACCCCUUGAGUGGCACAAGAGGCGGUUUUCAGAGAAAGGACAACUUACGACUGGCAGAACGAUAUGAGAUAAGUGAAGACAUCGAAAGGACAGUCGAAUUGUUGCGAUUCGUGUACUAUUUAGUAGUUGUACUCUGUAGAUACUAGAGUGUUUUAGCGUGUUCUGAUUUAAAGAAAGACGAUUUUAGACCUGGACAUCGCUCUUGUUCGUUGCAAAGUCAAAGACUCAAGAACCGCAGGAAAUGUAUCAUCCCGCCGAUGGCUUCGUAUAGUCGUUUGGGAUGUAGUAUGAUGAUCUACCACAUCGAUCGUCAUACAAAAAUGACAUAGGUACCUCGACCAGAUCGAGUUCAUGUCCAUGAAGCCAGACACGGACGAGGGGAAGAAGAAGUUACUAGGGCAGAUGGUGGACAUGCUUUUCCUAGCAAAUCGUUUUGCAGUGGAUCAACUUUUUGCGCGACUAAUGCGCUGGUUCCCUACGCAUUGUCGCACAACAUGCGGAGACGGGGCAUUCUGCGACGCCUACUACAAAAUUCAAUACUACUGGCAGUAUUCGGUGGAGGUAAUUAAGUUUAUAGAAACUUGCAUCACUAUGACGCCGCGCGGCAGUCUGCACUGAAAACUGUGCGAGACUUAUUGUAUUGUAGUGUAUUGUAUAACCGGCAGCGUUUGUUCAAUCUUCAUAAUUCCACUCUCUCGCAGCUCUGUCCGUGAUCCAUCUGAUGAAUGCUCAGAAACGAGCAGUCUUCUUUUUCCUACCAUAUCACGAUACUCUAUUGGAAGCCUAAACCCAGUAUUACCAUCUUACGAUACUCUAUCGGAAUCCUAAGCCCCCUUAUUUUUUCCAUGUUCCGAUACUCAAUUAACCCUUACGAUACUCUAUCGCGGGUUUCGGCUUAUAUGCUAUGCGUUCUUCCAAUAUUGUAAAAGUUUUCUAGGAACCGUUAUUCCGGAAUCUGAUGAAAACGACGCUAGUGGGUAUGGGAUGCGUGAGAACGAAUUUUCAGCUUCUAUCUUGGGACGAGAGGUGGACAGGCUUGCCAAUGGGCUUUUUGCAGUUGCUCCUGGAUCAUGAUGACUUGGUGUUGCUAGUAAUUGUGAUUUGAUGUUGUCACAUGUCUAUUGAUGACUUGGCAUUGCUAGAAGUAAUUGUGAUUUGAUUUAAGGGUACAAGAAAUCCAUCUUCACUGUCAUCUUGGUCCCGUUUUUAAAGGGAAAAGGAGACCCAAGAUGCUGCUGAAGAUGGAUCUCCAUUAGUUCUAGUUGAUGUUGUCACCUGUCUAAUGCUAUGAUAUAUUGAGGCUUGAUGUUGAUGUUCUACGUGUCCAAGGCAUGUUGGCAUCUCUUGAAUUUUCUGCUUUCUCCAGAUAAAUCUCUCAAUGCCAACAUAUAGACUAUCGAGUCAAUCCUUCUUCAUGAAAAUACUCACCAAAGCCCUUGACAAAUAGGCCAUCACAUCCGAAGCGGAAAUUUUAGUGUUGAUAGAACGAUGGAACGCGAAUCGUGAUAAAGAAGCUGAGGAGGUCUACGACAUCUGCUGUUGUUAUAGGCAGUCUGCUGAUAAUAUUGAGUUAGGGUGAGGCCGAUGCUUGUUGAUUUUCGUCAAUCUUGCAGUAAAUUAUAGGCGUUGUAAAAAGACUACUAAAUCUAGUAGUCUUUUUAUGUCUGCUAUCCGAUCCCCAUCCUCUCGUAUCAUAUGUAUCCUAUUCUCUUUUCUCCUAUCCUACCAACCUGUAUCUUAGUUCACGUCACUUCUGCUCUAAUCAUCGCCCUGGUUUUCUUUUUGUCGAACUUGGGUUUACUUGAGACGCAGACGGGCAAGAAGGACGAGGAGGGGGAGAAAAAGAAGAAGAAAAAGGAGGAAAACGUCAAUCGCGAAGACGCAAUAAAAGCCGGACAAAUCGCGAAACUCUUCCAGGUUUUACCCAGAAGAAAUCAGAAGCCAUUACGUGGAAGGUUUGAGAAGGAGAAGAGGAAGAGGAGUAUUUCAUAUUUUUGACGUUUUGUGGUUGUGACUGUGAGUACUUUAUUCUAGUAAAGAAGAUGAUUGAUCAUGAAGUUCUUCUGUUCACAUCCCAUUAUAGGAGAUAACCUACAGGCAAAGAAAAGUGGACUCGAGUUUGAGACUUCUCCUCUCUCGAUAGCGAUAACUACUUUGAGAAGAUUGCAUCGCUCCACUCCCCCAUUAGGAGAAGCCGCAAUAGCUGCAGCUAAAGCAGAAGAAGGUGGCAGUCCAUCAGCCGCUAGUCCCUCGGCUGCUAGUCCUGGAACAGCAGCUAGUCCUGAGGCCUCCAUAGCAGGUGGCGCCGACGCAGCAGACGACCUAGCAGCAGCACUAGCCAGUGUGGAGCAGACGAACCAGGCAGUCGAUGUAGAAGUGGACGAUGAGGAUCUUGGUAGUUCUUUAGAAUCACGUUCGUUCUCAGAUUGCUUUCCAGUAACUUGAUAGGUGACGAUAGUCACAGAUCUCCGUUCAUGGAGUCGCAUGAUUCAUUGACAUGAGCAUUGUUGAACUUCAAGCAGGGUCCACUAGAAAGCAUACUUUUCUCUCUGUUGGUGUUCCUUCUACUGAGUAAUCUCAUGGAGUAUAAGUGAUUGUCGGUUUGCACGGGGGAAAUUUGGUACGGACGAUUCCGAAAAAGAACAAGGAAAUCAGAACCAUUCGGUCUACUAUCUGAUAGGUGUUGAACUUCAAACAGGGCCCACUAGAAAGCUAUGCUUUCUAGUUUUAGGACCCUGUUGACAUUAGUGCCAGCUUUGAACUCUUCCGGUGGUUUACGUCUGAAGUUAGUGUGGGAGUGUUUCAUUUUCCUUUAGGCUGAGUGGAUUUCGUUUUCGUAGAAGAGGCAUCCUGGUUUAAUGAUAGCAGACGCUAAAUAAUUCACCCCACUACAUUUAAUUCUUCACUCUCAACAGACGCCUUCGUGGUGAUCCGCAAGGACAGCGAUAUUGGCAAAUUCGUAGCAGGAGGCCGGGGACUGGGUUUCACGGUGCAAGCAGGCGAAACCAUGACGCAGAUAGUAUCUAUCCGGGAUCCUGGUCAGUACCGUAUCCGAGUUGCGAUGUCCCAAAAGCUAGCGAAUUUGUGGAUUCCCGCGCAUACGUGCUUCGUUGGCUUGGUUUACAUUAUGGUCAUCAGCAUUCAGUUCAUUCAUCUCUUCCAGGGUCUUGGUACUUUCCAGUAGGUACCCUUUAUUUCCCUCGGAAGUAGCAUAUGUAGAGGUACCAAGAUGAAAGGGUCUUCUAGACGGAUCCAACAGCCACGCUCUAACUACAACGAUGCCUGCUUUUGCGGAUACCAAGUGCAGGCCAGCGACUUCUUAGGCAUUUACGAGUUGCGGUGUAUGACGAGCGUGAGUGCGAAGCCAGAGAAACCAGUUUUUUUGACGGGUAGCGGGACAAAAGUAGAUUUCGACUUGGAUCUGUGCGUCGAUAUGAAACUUGUCAACGGCAUUGUCGGGUGCAAGUUCCAAGUGAUGGCAAACAGCAUUUCGCUAACGAUGGAUGAAAUACAGGUAUACUAUAAUGAGAAUAGCAAGCGAACACCUUUACCUCAUGAUUGAAGAGGAGCGAAAAGCUUUUACUUGCUCGGUGUAGUUGUAGUACAGAAAUUUACUUCAUCGUAGAGAAGGAAGAGAUGCCUAUUGUGUUUUUUUUCUAAAAUCAAAGCAGGAGGAUCAGGACGUGCCUCAUCUUCCAGUACUGCUUUGGUCGUUUCAACGACAACCGCCUCACCUACUGUGUUCGCCAGAGGCGAAGUACAACAUCUUGAUACAGCUACCAGCAUUCAAUAUGGACCUGCUUAUGAUUCACGGAGAUCCUCGUCCUCCUCUACUUAUACACAAAUACCGCAUGGUGCACAUAGCAGUGGUAUCUCUAGCGAGUGGAGCCUCAUUCUCUCGGAUGUAUGGUUGCAGGAGGGGCCCUGUGUCCCCUACUGGGAAACAGAGUGCCCGGCAUUGGAUGUGAAGAGCUUGUUCCAUCAGACUGAGGUACCAUUUGGUCUAGAACUCAAUCUUAAUGAACAUAUUUCAUCGAUCAAAGAUAGAAUCUUGAAACAUUUGGAGACAUCACCCACUCAAUAACAACAAAGUCAGGUUUUUCUCGAUCACGACGUUAGUUGCGAAUAUCUCUUUUUCGGGGACUGGUAUGUCACGGCUUUCCCCAUGCAGCGCAAGUGCGCUGACCCUCGCAUCGACCUCUGUCUCUUUUCGACUGCGCAUCGUGCGGUUACACUGUUUGGGAGUGGCGGCUUGACGUCCUCGUUCCAAAAUUUGGAACGACAUGAUCAUGCUUCAUCUAUUAUGCUGCCUACACUUGGCGGAGGUCCAACUUCAUCAAGUCCAUCCUGGCAAACGUUGGUGCAGGGCCCACCAAGAAGACGGAUCUUGACGAUUGAGGAAUAUCGGCAGCAAGUCUGCGCACUAGACCGGUACCGACCAGCGUUGACGCCAGUUAGCUAUUACAAGUAUCCCUGGCUAAAACAAUGGCUGACGGUCCGAGCAAGGUACUGCGAGGCAAUGCUUGACGAGGGACUUUUGGGACAACGCGAAACAUGUGGUACUAUUCGUAUUUUGUCUAGAGAUUGAUGUGCUACUCCUGUUUGAUGAAACUAAAAGUAUUAGUUGCUGAUGUUGAAAAACAAGAACUUCUACGUUUGUGAUCCGAUUAUGGGUACCGUCAACCCAUCUUUUACACCAUCUUUCAGCCAAUUCCUUCUUGGAAUAGGCUAAAAGAUGUUCUAAAAGAUGGGUUGCCGGUCCCUCUAAUCCGAACUCCUCCUCUUGAUACAUAAUAGGUCGCGAGCCUCCUGCUCUGCUGGAACUCGCUGCUCCCGCCUCGUACCGAGAGGUGUGGCCUCCACAGGUAAGAGGGAUGCAAUUUUAUCUUGGCCAAUCGUUCUGGCGCGAUGGAUCUGAGUGGGAAAAAGGCCGUUCCGAAGCCUUUCCUCACCCCUUCUUGCAGCGUUGUGGCUAUGCUGUGCCUGAUAGCAUCGAGCCUGAGUUUGCACCGAGCGAUGAUCCUUCCUCUGUGUCAUCUACGACGACGGCUGAUAGUGGACGGACGUCUGCAGGAGAAGCAGCCUCCUCCGCAGAGCCAAAGGAGAAGAUUCCAGUUCGUUUUCGCUUAAGGAUGGCGAAAGGGCAGACGUAUCGAGGUCGGAUCUACGGGCAAAAGCAUUUGCAGUGUAGUAGAGUGGAACCAUUUUUCGCUUGCAAU